GUUCAAUUCCACAUAUAUAGAAGAUGCCAGUGUUGAAAGAGGACAACUUGUUUAAUCAAGAACAAAUAAUUGAGGAAUUUGAGUUGUUGACAAAGGAUAGCGGAAAAGUACAAGAGGAUAUUCUAAGGAGGUUUCUUGAAGAGAACAAGGAGACUGAAUAUCUAUGGAAAAAAUGUGGACUUAAUGGAAGAACAGACCCUAAGAGCUUCAAGGACUGUGUUCCUCUGGUCGUUCACAAAGAUUUGGAGCCUUACAUUCAGAGGAUUGCUAAUGGUGAUUCUUCUCCAAUCCUCACUUCAAAACCUAUUUCCGCCUUGUCAAAGAGCUCGGGGACUACUCAAGGGAAGCCAAAAUAUAUUCCAUUCACGGAUGACAUGUUUAAUUCUUCACUAUUUGUAUUCAGG